UUGAGACCAAGAACAGCUCUAUUAAUCUACUCCUUUGUUUACCAUUCUUUAUUCACCAUUUCCAAACUCGUACCAUUUAUUUCUUUCUUGCUAUCUCUCUUUCCUAAGUUUUUCUAUCCCUUCAAAUCUGAUAAAUUAUGGAAGUCGCAGGAACAGCUUUGUCUGCUAUCCAACCUAUUCUUUCUGCAUUGCAAUCUCCUCAUCUUAAAAAAAUCAUUUCAAUCUAUGGCUAUGAAUCCAAACUUGAUGAACUCCAAAGCACCGUCAACAUCAUCAACAAUGUGCUUCGCAAAGCCCAGUCCGCGCAGGAGCUCCCAGAUGAUGUCCAAGGAUGGGUCGAGGAUCUUAAGGAUGUUGUUUUUGAAGCGGAGGAUUUGCUCGAUGAGUUUCUCACUCUCGCCGAGCGGAACAAGCACUUGAAGGCUGACGGUACAAUAUCCAAGAAGAUGAAGCGCUUCCUUUCUCGUUCUAACCCUUUACUUGUUGCUUUCAAGAUGUCUAAAGGGGUGGACAAGAUUCGGAAGAAGUUGGAUGCUUUUGCUUACAACAAGCAGUUUAUGAUGGAGUUUAAUCAUGAGCCUAUCAAGUAUAGAAAGCCUGAGACUUGUUCGUAUGUGGAUGUUGCUGAAAUCAUUGGAAGAGAAGGCGACUUGGAGCAUAUUGUUGGUAGGUUGCUUGAUUCUGAUGUUCAAACUGAUGUUUCUUUCCUGUCUAUUGUGGGUAUGGGAGGAUUAGGCAAGACUGCUCUUGCACAGCUUGUGUACAGUGAUAAAAGAGUUGAAAGUGCAUUUAAUUUGAGACUGUGGCAUUGUGUCUCUGAUCAAGAUCAUAAACAGUUGAACAUUACUGGGAUUCUCGGAGCAAUUUUAGCUUUAUGUCCAAAUGAGAAAUUUACAGAUCAAUCCUCCUUGCAGAUUGUGCAAAGUCAACUUCAAAAGAAAUUAUCAGAUAAGAAAUACUUGCUUGUUUUAGAUGAUGUGUGGACUGAAAAUCACAAUCAAUGGAUUGAACUAGUAAGUUUGUUGAAAGUUGGUCAAAAGGGGAGUUGGAUUGUGGUGACUACACGUUCACAAGUGACAGCAAACUUCAUGGGAUAUGAUUCAAUGUACCAGCUUCAAGGCUUGAAAAAGGAAGAUUCAUGGAACUUGUUUGAGAAGGUAGCUUUUAGUUCAGAGCAGUGGAAUCAUCAUGAUGACUUGGUCGAAAUCGGGCAAAAGAUUGUUGAAGCAUGUGGUGGAGUUCCUCUUGCCAUAAAAGUGGCAGGAAGUCUUGUAUAUGGCCAAGACAAGAAGAAGUGGGAAGCAGUCCAGGAAGUCGGUGUGGCCAACAUGGGCAAUGAUGAUAUCACACAAAUAUUGAAGCUAAGUUAUCAUCAUCUUCCAUUCUCAUUGAAAAAUUGUUUUAGUUUUUGUGCCAUUUUUCCGAAGGAUUAUAGAAUGGAAAAGAACACAUUGAUAUACCUUUGGAUAGCACACAACUAUAUUGUUCCAUCACACAAAGGUCAGAGCAUUGAAGAUGCAGGUGAGGAACAUUUUCUAAUAUUAUUGAGAAGGUGUUUCUUUCAAGAUAUAGAAAAAGAUGUUAAUACAGGUGAGGUAGAUUCGAUUAAGAUUCACGAUCUUUUGCAUGACAUUGCUCAAGAUGUCUCGAGGAAGGAGAUUUUUGCAGGAAGUGACAACCUACAUAAAAAAAUUCGCCAUCUCUCACUAUUCAACAAGGACAUAAAAUAUGAAAUUUCUUGUUUGGAUAUACCGCGUUUACGUUCGUAUCUUGAUUAUCGGUAUUUUAGGCAUAUGGAUAAUUUUCUUGAAGAGAAAUCAGUGAAAACUUGUAGGAACCUAAGGGCAUUUAGGUUAAAAAUUAAAGAUUUGUCAAGUUUAAAUUACGUAGGUGAACUAUUGCAUCUACGAUAUUUAGAUCUCUCAUCAAACAUGGCAUUAGAAGUGCUCCCUAAAUCAAUAACAAAAUUAUGUAAUCUAGAAAUAUUAAUGUUGUAUGAUUGUGGCAAUUUAAAAGAGUUACCGGAAGAUUUGAGUAGGUUGAUCAAACUUAGGGUGUUAGAUAUUACAGAUUGUUCUAAGUUGAAGUAUAUGCCCAAGGGUAUGGAUAAGUUGACAUGUUUUUAUAGACUGAGUGAUUUUAUAGUGGGUGGUAAAGAUAAUUAUUCAAGUUGGUCAGAAUGGUUUUUAGGAUUAGAAGAGUUGAAAGAUCUUAAAAACCUCCAUGGUCGACUUAGAAUUAAAAUAAAGUUGCCUAAAAAUGUAAGUCAAGAUCAAAUCUGGGAGGGGAAAAGAUUUUAUUUGAGGGAUAAAAAACAUCUCAAUCACAUUCGUAUUGAUGAUGAGAUAGAUUCUAGAAGAGUAUUGGAUAAUGAGGGAGCAAUAAAAUUGAUGGAAGAUCUGCACCCACCUUCUAGUCUUCGCUUUUUUGAGAUGUAUAAUUAUGUUGGUAAGCAAAUGCCAGAGUGGAUAUCCCAUCUUCCAAACCUUUAUUUUCUUGAACUUUGUUGUUUUACCAAUUUGGAGUACCUUGAAUGCUUUGGAAAUGUAGAAGAAAGGUCAAUCCUCCCUUCUCUUCAAAAACUUAAGUUAUAUUUCCUACCAAAGUUGAAAGGAUGGAGGAGAGGAGGGGUUGGGGUGGAAGAUAACAACAACUUUUUAUUAUGUCUUCCUUGUUUGAAGGAAUUAUAUAUACAAUAUUGUGAGGAGCUGACAUGUUUUCCGGUUUGUCCUAGAUUGGAGAUAUUGUUUUUAAGGGAAUUCAAUAAAAGAUUGAAUGGGAUAAUAGGAAGAACAGAAAGAGCUGAUGAAGAAUCCAGAGAAGUCAUUGUUUUGGAAUCUUCAAAAUUAAGACAAGUGAAAAUUAAUGAUGUGGCAUGGCUGAAUUCACUACCUAUUCAGGCUCUUCAACGUCUUGAAACCCUAACAAUAUUUUGGGAUGAGAAUGUGGAGAAUUUGGGAGAAGUUAAGAAGGUGUUCCGUGCUUGCUCUUCUUCUCUCCGAAUUCUGGAGAUUGAAGAUUGCCUCAAUUUAAGGAGUAUUGUGGCUGGAGAAUUGGAACAUCUCUCUGCUUUGGAGACAUUAUCUAUAUCAUUGUGUAAGAAUCUGAAAUUCUCGGAAGAAAAAGAAGAAAAUGACGGUGUUGGAUACAGUCCAUCCAUUCUUCCCUCUCUUCUUACCGUGUCGUUGAAUCAACUCCGAAAGAUGGAGCAUCUGCCAAACUGGAUGCAAUUCUUGCCUGCCCUCCAAACUCUUCAAAUAUAUGAUUGUUAUAGGCUGAAAGCAAUCCCGAAUUGGAUGCCCAAACUCACCUCUCUUAAGCAACUUCAUGUUAAGCUGUGUUCAAAAAGCCUGGAGAGAAGAUGCAAAGAAGAUCCACCAGGAGAAGACUGGCCUUACAUUCAACACAUCCCCAACAUUCAAUUUAUAAAUUGUUUUUUAUGAGAAUUCUGAUGAAGAUUAUUGGGAUGAAGAGUAUUCUGAUGAAGACAAUGAAUAACUCCAUAGCUCUCCUGGUCCAUCGUCAGGGAACACAAAACUCUGGUUUGGUAAAAAAGGAACUUUACUGUUGGAAUGGUGCAAGUUAAAAUUCUACCCAAAACAAAGUCUCAAUUCAUAGCUUUUGUCUCGGGUAAUACUCAUAGCUUUCUUUCUUUGCACAUACGCUCGUAUAUCUUGAUAUGCUAGAGUGCUGGGCAUAAACAAGUGUAGAAGGCGGCAAAAUCUUGCAUGAGUUUCCUGCAAACUUUUCUUAAGUUUUCACUUUCCAUAUAUAAAUGAUUUCUAGAAGAAAUAAUGGAACAAAAAGCCUUGUAUUUGUAUAUUUGAAGACACUUUUAUAGGUCGUAUUUAAGGUGUGACUAAAUUACCAGCAUUGUUUACCUUGAUCAGAGUAUUAUACUUCAGAUCAGCAAAGGCCCUCUGUAAAUCAAACCAACAGUUUGGAAAAUGUAAUGUUUAGGUCAUUACCUUAAUUGACGAUGGCAAAAACCUUACUUCUCAA